AUGCUUGAGAAAGUGGCUUCAUACGUGUGGGAUGAGGAAACAGAACCAGAAGCCACGCGUUUCCAUGAAGCCGCGAUUGACGGGGAUGCCUUGGAGAUGCAGCUGGUUUGGAUAAAACAGGAUGCUCAGCCCUGCACCACGCAUCACUCCUUGGCAAUCGAGAGGCCUGUUCAAGCUCUGAGAGCGGGCGCCAACAUCAACAUCAAAGACGACAUGGAUGGGAUGACACCUCUGAUGUUUGACGCAUUGAACGGGCAGGUCGAAUGCAUGCGAGCCCUGUUGGAGCCAGGCGGCGGUAAACGAAACGACGUCAAUCAAAGAAGCAAUCUCGGUUACACUGCGAUAAAUUACGCCGUGACCACUCCCGAGGGCGUCCGCUUGUUAAUCGAACAUGGAGCAACGGUUUCAUCCCGUGGCCUAGACGGCUCAACGAUUCUACAUCAUCUCGCAAGGGCCCCGUGCCCAGAACAAGACGCUCGAGAGGUCUUUCGCUCUAUUCUCGAGCUCGGCGAGCUGAGCAUCGAUGUCCAAGAUCCUCAAGGCUAUUCCACUCUUCUAAGGGCUGUAAACCUGAACAACUUGCCAAUGCUUCGAUGUUUGAUGGAAAAUGGAGCUUCCACGACCGUUCGGGACGUUUGCUCAAAUAACGCGAUGCACUGUGCUGCUGGAAAGUCGGGUUUGGAGAUAUUGGAAUAUCUCAUGACCCAGGACUUGUCUGAACUCAACAUGAAGCAUACUAACUGCUACGAUGAAACUCCGCUGGACUGUCUGAUCAACGCCACCUACUCAGAGCCAUGGAAGCUUGGGGCACUCGAGCGACAACCUAGUACGGAGGAAGUAGCAGCAUUUGCACAACUUCACCAAGCCAUCGAAUGUGCGAAUAAGGAGAAAGACAUCUCUCUCCUACAGCACGCCCUCAACUCUCUACCCAUGGAAAGCCCCGAUACCACCACAGCUUGCAUCCAUCUCGCCCAGUUGAGUCAGAGAAAAAAGGAGAACCCAAACCCAGACGGUUAUUGCGACUGGCGUAUCGGGUUUGAGGCUAUCAAGCAACUUCUCCAACAGGCGCAGCCUUACAAGGUGAUCCUCGGUGCCAGGAAUAUCGAAGCCACGGAAAAUGCUUACAGCUCGCUCUCGUUUGACCGAAGCAAACAUUCGUUGAGCGUGCUCCCGCUUGAACUCAAUAAUCUCAAAGAUGUCAAAUCAUUUGCGCGUCAGGCCCUCGGAAAGAUAGGGGAGAAUCGCAUCGACUACUUGCUGUUGAACGCCGCAAUCAGUGACCCUGCCCAGGGUCCCGGGCCGCAUGGGUCGAAAUGGUCCGAAAUCCUGAUUGUCAAUCAUACUUCUCAGCACUAUCUAGUACAUUUACUUCGAGAAAAGCUUGCCGCGUCCAAGGCCCGCCUGGUCUUCGUCUCGUCUGGAGCAGUGCGCAAUGUCCCUGAUCCAAGCGUCCUAGAUCAAGACCUGCUGGCAGGGUCCGGCAAGGAUAGCAUGACCAGCUACCCGCAGUCCAAGUUCGUUGCACUUCUCGCCGCACAUUGGUGGCGAAGGCAGCUGGCUGGCCAGUGCGAUGUCGUGGCGGUCUCUCCAGGCCUCAUUCCAACUACUGGGCUGCAGAGGGGAUCCAAGCUUUCAUUCCCAGAUGCUAUAAUGAAGGAUGCCAAAUCCGUUCCGGAGGGCGCGAAAAGCAUCUUGGAAGCCUUCACCCGAAACGACGUCCCAGAAGAUCCUCAGCAGAUUUUCCUUACCAGCUGGGGCGAAUGGUGGCCAAAGGAUGUUUAUGCGCUCUCGCUUGAUGAAGCGCUCCAGAACAAGUGGUGCCAGAGUCAAGAGGAAAUUGAGACUGAGAUGGGAAUUACCGCAUAA